GCACGCGUGGAGUGUGGCGUCAUCCGGCGUCGCACAGCGUUUUGCUGUUCUGCGUUCUGUUUCUUGAUUAUGUUGGGAUUUGGGAUCUCACUUGUAAUUGAAGUUUUUUGGUGUUAGUGUAAAUGGUAUAAAUAAAUAAAAAAACGUCAAAACGUGAAUAUGCAGCGUCGUGGUGGAAAACGCAUACGGAUGGACGAACCACCACCAGAAUACGAGAACCCCAUGACCCCUCAGGUAGAAUCUGACGGUUAUGGGGGCUAUCAUGGAAAUUUGUACGGAAAUGAGGCUUACGUAGAGCAGGCAGGAACAUCUUCGUCAGAUGGUAUGUUUGAAUCGCCUCCAACUCCAGGAAUGAGAAGAAUAACAAGAUCUAAAGCAAGAGGGCAAACAAAUCUGCCACCACCAAUCGCACCGUCUUAUUCUCCAACCAACACUGGCACAACUACAAAAGGUCGAGGUAGAGGUAGACCCCCAGGUCGAAAAAAUCAUAUCGAAGGUGGUACAGAAGAUGAGACGUCACUAUAUCAUUAUAUUAAAAAUAGUAAAGUGUCUCUUACAAACAUCGUGGAUGAGUGGAUUGAGAGUUAUAAGGUUAACAGAGAAUCAGCUCUUAUUGCAUUGAUGCAAUUUUUCAUAAAUGCUGCUGGAUGUAAGGGACGUAUAACCCAACAUAUGCAAGCAACUAUGGAACAUGCUGCGAUUAUUAGAAGAAUGACUGAGGAAUUUGAUGAAGAGUCAGGAGAAUAUCCACUAAUAAUGGCUGGACAGACUUGGAAGAAAUUUAGACAAAAUUUUUGCGAUUUUGUUCAAACUUUGGUGAAGCAGUGUCAGUAUUCUAUAAUUUAUGAUCAAUUUUUAAUGGAUAAUGUGAUUUCAUUGCUUACUGGAUUAUCAGAUUCACAAGUGCGUGCCUUCCGACACACCGCUACACUUGGCGCCAUGAAAUUAAUGACAGCACUAGUGGAUGUUGCUUUAACAGUGUCAGUAAAUUUGGACAAUACACAGCGUCAAUAUGAAGCUGAGCGUCAGAAAACGAGAGAAAAAAGAGCCAGUGAUCGUUUGGAAGCUCUCCUUGGCAAAAGACAAGAACUUGAGGAGAACAUGGAUGAAAUAAAAAAUAUGCUAACUUACAUGUUUAAAUCAGUUUUUGUACAUAGAUAUCGUGACACUCUACCAGAAAUUAGAGCUAUUGCUAUGACAGAAAUUGGUGUAUGGAUGCAUAAAUUCCAUGCAAACUUUUUAGAUGAUUCAUAUUUGAAAUACAUAGGAUGGACAUUACAUGAUAAAGUAGGGGAGGUACGUUUAAGAUGUCUGCAAGCAUUACAACCUCUUUAUGCAAGUGAAGAACUUAAAGGAAAAUUGGAACUUUUUACUAACAAAUUUAAAGAUCGUAUUGUUGCAAUGACCUUAGAUAAAGAAUAUGAUGUUGCUGUUCAAGCUGUAAAGCUUGUAAUUUCAAUUCUCAAGCAUCACCACGAAAUUUUAACAGAUAAGGAUUGUGAACAUGUAUAUGAGUUGGUUUAUUCUUCGCAUCGAGCAGUUGCUCAAGCUGCUGGUGAAUUUUUAAACGAGCGACUUUUCCAGCCUGGUGAUGUUGAUGUAGGAAAAACGAAACGUGGCAAGCGUCGGCUGCCAAAUACACCUUUUAUCAGAGAUUUGGUUCAGUUUUUCAUUGAAUCGGAAUUGCAUGAACACGCUGCUUACCUUGUUGAUUCACUCAUAGAGUCGAACAGUAUGAUGAAAGAUUGGGAGUGUAUGACAGAUUUGUUACUAGAAGAACCGGGACCCCAAGAAGAACCACUGGACAAUCGCCAAGAAACAAGUUUAAUUGAAAUUAUGGUGUGCUGCAUUAAGCAGGCUGCAACAGGAGAGGCUCCAGUAGGUCGAGGUCCAACUAGAAGGGUUUCUUCUUUGAGAGAGAUGAAGCAAGCUGGAGAAGAUAAACAAAAAUUGACAGAACACUUCAUUGUUAGUUUACCUCCACUUUUAGACAAAUAUGCAGCAGACCCAGAAAAGUUAGCCAAUUUACUAAGUAUUCCUCAGUAUUUUGACUUGGAUCUGUAUACAAGUGGAAGGCAAGAAGGUUCACUUCAGUCACUUUUAGUCAAAUUGAAGCAUAUUGCGCAGGUCCAUCAUGAACCAGAAGUGUUAGAAACUUUGGCUAAAACUCUUGAAAUUCUUUGUACAGAAGGUCAUUCGAUAUACACAAGAUGCGAUGUAGCAAGAUCUACAAUAGUUGACAUGAUCGUGGUUUCUUAUAAAGAAGCUAUUGAUGAUUGGCGCAAUUUAUUACUUGGCGAAGAAACACCUAAUGCAGAUGAAAUCUUUAAUGUUGUCAGUUCUCUGAAAAAAGUCUCCAUGUUUUAUGCUUGUCACAACUUAAAUCAGUGGAAUCUAUGGUCGACACUCUUCCAGGAUGUAAAAGACACUGACAGUGUGUUACCACCUGACGCUCUAAAGUAUAGUUUGAGUGCAUGCUUCUACUGCCUUUUAUGGGGUUUAAGAGGUUUAGAAGUUCAACAUGAAGGUGGAGGUUUAACAGGAUCCGGAAUUCAAGAAAUGCGGCAAAGACUGGAUGAAUUUAUAGAAGCUGCUCAAAUGUUAAUCAGAUGUUCUCCUCACAAUAGUAUAAAAGAAGAAGCAUAUGUAUGUUUGUGCGAUCUUCUUAUAGUUUUCAGCGAACAGCUGUCUAGCACUGCGCCUGCGUUGGCAGAAUUAAUUUGUCAACCAGAUAGAAACCUUCAAGCUUUGUUAAAUGAAUUUGUACAGUCUUAUGUUUUUGUACCUGAACAAAACGCGGAACAUGAUGAACAUAGAAUCGAAGAAUUACAUAAACGCAGAAACUUCUUGGCAGCAUAUUGUAAAUUAAUUGUGUAUAAUAUAAUGCCAACAAAAGCUGCUGCUGAUAUAUUUAAACAUUAUGUGAAAUAUUACAAUGAAUAUGGUGAUAUCAUUAAAGCUACUUUGAGCAAAGCUCGUGAAAUUAAUAAAGUAAAUUGUGCUUUGACAAUGUGUUUAAGUUUGAAUAUGAUUUUUCAUGAAGUACAGAAGUUGUCAUCUGGCAAAAGUACGAGACAAAAUGAAGAAUUUUUUGCACUUAAGGAGUUAGCGAAACGAUUUGCCCUGUCAUUUGGUUUGGACGCAGUCAAAAAUCGAGAAGCGAUAACAGCUUUACACAGAGCAGGCAUCUUAUUUGCUGUCACUGGAGCAGAUCAACCUGAGGAUCCUACUGGCCCACCACCUAAUUUACCUUUCCUAGAGAUUUUGACGGAAUUUACUAAUAAACUAUUGAAGCAAGACAAGAGAGUUGUAUUAACGUUUUUGGAUAGAAGGAUAACAACAGGAAUGCCAAGUAGUAGAGGUGAAGAUUGGCAACCAUUGUUAUUGUAUCGGAAUUCUUUACUACAUGGUGAAACAGAUGCUCUUCCAGUGACUAGUAAGCGAGCUUAUGGAAGGAAACGGAAAGACCCUGAGUCCGACCACGAACAAGAUGAAGUUUUAUCUGAUCAAGAAUUUCCAGCUAACUUAUAUAGUUAAACUAGAUAAAUAUUAAGGUUAUUUCUAAGAAAAUACUAACUGUAUAGAUUAUGUACCUUUACAAUAUUUUUGAAGUGUUGCAGUUUUUUAAUAGGUAUUUCCCCUACUUUGGUCUCAAAGUAAACGGGAAGUAGCUAUUGAGAACACAUACACAUUCAAAUUUCAAUUUAGAUGUUUUUUUGAAAUUUCUUCUUUUGUAAUAUUUAUUAAUAGUGAUGAAGCUAUGAAUUUACAAAAAAAGGAAGGACAUCAGUGAUAUCUUUAAUAAUCUUGUAAAAGUCUAUUUAUAGAUUGUAAAAUAGUUACGUAUUGCUUUAUUGUUUAUUAAUAACCGUGUAGAAACGUAGGUUUUUUUACUCUUCCUUUUUUUAUAUGUUGUGGCAUGGAAACAAAAAUAGUUUUUUACUGUGGUACUGCGAAAAGGGAUCAUAUAUUUUUAAAAAUGUAGAGGCAUUAAAAAUGACCUAGUUUCUGUAACUUUUUAUUUAUUUUUUGUUUCUUCCUCAAACAUUGACAGCAAUUAUGUGAUAAUGUUUUUUACGUUACAUUAAAUACAGUAAUCAGAAAUCGGCUGUAUUUGUAAAACGAAUUAGUAAAAGGAAAUAUUACAUAAAGAUUCGUCAGAGGUUUGUUGGCAUCUCUGAGUGAUUACUGCAACGUUACAUACAGAGAACUAGUUCAUGUUGUUUUGAGGAUGAUUCUAAACAAAAUUAUUUUAAUAUGCAAGAAUAAUAAUUGAAAAAAAAAGAUGGAUAUACAUGAACUUUUGUUCAUUAAUUUGUUCAAAUAAAGGAGGUAGCAAAUGUACAGCAUUUAAACUCUAGAAUUUUACCAAUAGUAAAGAAAAUAGCUUACAGUGCCUAAACAUGUUUUACAUUUUGUAAAGAUGAAUAAAUAAAUAAUAAAUGCUUUAUCACCAAA